AAACUUAACUUCUCCCCAGAGUUAGGCGUCUGUCCUGUUGAAACCUUCGUUUGGAUCUCUGACAUGGAGGAUAUGCUGUCAUUCUGGGAUGUCGUAAUAUAUUUCUCUGCAGAAGAGUGGGAAUACCUGGGUCCUGCUCAGUGGAAAUUAUACAGGGAUGUGACAUUGGAGAAUUACAACAACUUUGUUUUUCUGGAUCUUGUUUCCUCUACGCCAUACCUGGUCAGAUUUCUGGAGCAAAUACAAGAGCCUUCAGAUGUGAAGAGUCAAGCAGACAUCUCUAUGUACUCAGGGGGAAAAUGCUAUACGUGCAAAGAAUGUGGCAACAUCUUUGUGGGGAAAGAAGUAUUUCAAAAUCAUCUGAUAAUUCAUUUAGGAGGGAAGCCCUACAAGUGUGAAGAAUGUGGCAAGUCCUUCCGUUUUCCAUCAUUACUUUCUCAACACAAACUAAUUCAUACAGGAGAAAAACCCUACAAGUGUGAAACAUGUAAUAGGGCCUUCCAUGUUCCAUCAAAACUUUUUCAACAUAAAAUAAUUCACACAAAAGCAAAACUCUACAAGUGUGAAGUAUGUGGCAAGGCUUUCAAUUAUUCAUCAAGACUUUUACACCAUAGGACAAUUCAUACAGGAGAGAAACCAUACAAGUGUGAAGUCUGUGGAAAGGCCUUCCACUCUUCACCAUCACUUUAUCAACACAUGGGAAUUCAUACAGGAGAGAAACCCUGCAAGUGUGAUAAAUGUGGCAAGGCCUUCCGCUUUCCAUCAUUACUUUUAAAACACAAGAUAAGUCAUACAAACCAAAAACCCUACAAGUGUAAAAUAUGUGGAGAUUUCCUCCGCUCUCAAUCAUCACUUCAUGAACACAAGUUAAUGCAUAAAGGAGAGAAACUCUAUAAGUGUGAUGUAUGUGGCAAGGCCUUCGAAUAUCCAUCAAGACUUUCAAAACAUAAGAAAAUUCAUACAAGAGAGAAACCAUAAAAGUGUGAAGUAGGUGGCAAUGCCAUCCAUUAUCCAUCAAUACUUUCUUUUUUUUUUAAAUUUAUUUUUUUAUUAGGUAUUUUCCUCAUUUACAUUUUCAAUGCUAUCCCAAAAGUCCCCCAUACCCACCCCCCAUCAACACUUUCAAACUGUACGAAAAUUCAUACAAGAAAGAAACCAUACAGUUGUGAAAUGUGUGGCAAAGCCUUUGAUUAUCCAUCAGGACCUUAGAAACAUAAGAAAGUUCAAACAGAAGAGAAUCCCUACAAGUGUGAAGUAUGUGGCAAGGUCUUCAAUUAUCAGUGGCGACUUUACAAACAUAACAAUCCAUGCAAGAGAGAAGUCCUACAAAUAUGAAGUACGUGGCCUGACCUUCUAUUGUCCAUAAGUACUUUCUGAAAAGAGAAUCCACACAGGUGAGAAACCCUAAACUUGGGAUGUAUCAGGUAAAUCCUUUAGAACUUUCCAGAUUCUUUUUCCUUAUUUGAUAACUCAUUCUGGAAAGAAAAUAUGCAAAAGUGAGGAUCGUGGAAAAGCCUCCUUUACAAAGUUAUACCUGUAUCUAGACCAAUUAACUCACAAUGUAGAGAAUAUUUACAAAUGAAAAGAACACGUCAAAAUGCUCAACAAAUUUAGGGAUCAUCAAAGAAUUCAUUCUGGAAAGAAACCAUACAAAUGUAAAAAAAUGUGGCAAAUAUUUUUGAAUUCCAUUGCAUGGUCUGAACACAGAAUAAUUCCUAUUGGAGAUAAACACUAUGCAUGUGAAAAAUGUGGCAAACACUGUAUUACCAGUCUUUGGGUCUUAAGCAACAUCAAAGAAUUCUUCUAUGAGAGAAACCACACAGUGUGAAGAAUGUUUUACAGAAACCUUGGGGAAAACCUCAUAAUUCAUACUAGACUGAAAUGUCACAAGUGUGAAAAAUAUUGCAAACCCUUUAAUAAGCAUUCUUAUAUUUCUGAACACAAGGUAGAUUAAACUGGAAUGAAAUAAUACAAAUGUUAAAAUGCUCAUAACAUCUUAAUACUUCUCCAGACCCUCAAAAUUUAUCAACAGCUUCAUGCUGAAUCGAAGUCCUAUAAGUUUAGGGGAUGUGGUAAAGGCUUUGGAAUCAUCCAUACUACCAUGCCAAAAGGAGAGCGAUCGGGCUGUGUGGUUGUCAUUCUCAAUUUGGGGCUGAUCCUUUCUUACUGUCUUUUGUUUCUUCUGUUUUAGAAUUGAAACUCUUGUUCUAUACCAGUAUGUGGAAAAGUAGUCACUUGUUCUUAUGUUUAGGAGCUCACAGUCAAAAGAUUGCCUUGAAUCUCAUGUGACACAUGGACUGUGGUCUUUUAUAGUGUUGUAAUUGUUAAAUCCUUUGGGGACCUUUCAAGUUGUAGCCUAUUUUACUUAUGAGGUGAAAGUUAGGUUGGAGAAAGGGAAGGGAUGUUACGACUUAAAGCUUUAUGGGUAGAGCUAGCAUGUUGACUUUGGGAACAUACUGAAUGCCAAGAAGACCCACACCCAUGUUAGCAUUCCCAGUAUCCUCACAUAGAAAGAGGUAAUUACCUCUAAAGCUUGUCCUCUGACCUUCUUGCAUGGACCCCCACACAAACAUAAAUUUCUGUGCCCAGAAAUAAUAUAAACCUAGAUCACACUUUUGAAAUGACUUUGUGUUUUACAUGGAAAAGUGUAAACUAAUGAUACAAACUCAGUUGUUAGCAGCAUGAGUUCUAGAAUCAUUUGAAUUGCAAGCCUCUUGUUGGUUUGUUGAAUUUCUCUUGAUUAAUUAAAUUGAUUUCAGGAGGUCUGUUGAUUGCAGUUUUAAUCAUCUGUUUGACUGAGAUGCUGCAGUAUCAGAUAAUACCCUGAGACCAACUAUUUAUCCAUCUCCUGCUUCCUGACUGUGGAAGAAACAUGACCAGCUGCUUAUGUUCCUGAUGUUUUAACUUUCUCACCAUGUGUUGUGGUUGGAAUAAGAAUUGCCCCAAGGGCUCAUAGAAUAGAUUUGAAUGCUUAGUCAUCAGGUAAUAACACUGCUGGAAAAGGAUUAAGAAGUGUGGCAUCAUUGGUGUAAGAGUGUCACUGGGGGACAUAUAUUUGAGGUUUCAAAGGUUCAGACCCAGUGUCCCCCUCUUUUCCUGACUAUGGGUCAGUAUGGAUAAUUCUCAGCUACUUCUCAAGCUCCAUGUCUACCUACAUGCCAAUGAGCUCCCUAGCUUGUUCACCACAAUAAUAAUGGACAAACCUCAGAAACUGUUUACAAGCUCCAAUUAAGAAAUAUAAGAGAAAACAGUCUCAUUCCCAAAAGGCAGGGUGGAUUUUUCCAUGUAUGAUGAAAGUUUGUAAUUGUUUAAGGGGAUUUUGGUCAAUAGUUGUUAAUGGUGUUUGAGAGGAAACAAAGCAAAAAUGGCAAGAUUCAAGAAUCUCUUCUUUUUCCUUUCUUUGUCUUUCUUUCAUCCUUCUUUCUUUUCUUGCUUGUCCUAGGGGAAAAGUAGUGGAGAGGGGAUGAAAAGAAAAAGGGUAUAUAUAAAUAAUAAGAUGAAAGGGUAGAUUUUUGAGUCUGUUUAAACUAAAGACCAUCAAGAGGUCAAAUAACUUACAUUGGUAUAGAAUUGAUUGAUUUAUUGAUACAAAUUUAAGGUUCUUUACAUUUCAAAAUUCUAUAUUAUGUUUUAACCAUGUUUUAGGUAUCCUACACAAACAAUUACAGUCUUUAAAGGCUACUAUGUCAAACUGUUUUGGAUAAUUAUAAUAAUACAAGUUGGUAGUCAUUUAAUCAAAGUCUUGUUAGCUACUUCUUUAGUUAUUUAUGAAAAUAAGCUUUGUUUGCCCUCCUGUAGCUGUUUUCAAAGUUAAACAGAUAAAUGGCUAGAAAAAACCUACACACUCAGAUCUCUUUGACAUAUAGGUAGUUUUUAAACACUUCAGAGAUCUACAGGCUAUGGCAUUUAAGAUGCUUUAAUAAUAAACGUCUUUUCGUGACAGCAAGACACAUCAGCUUCUGACAGCACCCCCAAUCUACUUCCAAGAAGAUGAUGGGCACCAAAGAACCUCCCACUGUAGUCUACUUCAAAUAUGGCAAAGGUAGCUACUGGUUAAAAACCUACCUUUGCCUAGACUGCACAAAGUAUGUCAUCCAAAGUGUGGACAAAUAGGACACCGGGAAGUUGACUGACUAAUUUUGCAGGGACAAAGUAUGACUAUCCUUCUAUAUCCCUGCUUAACAAGAAUCCUGUCAGGUAUUCUAGACUUCUAGGCUAAAUAUGGAUGCCCAAGUGUUGCAGAGGAAUGUGGGUAACUGUCCAGGCAGCUAGUGGUCUCUGUUGUUUCUAUAAUUUUGGAAGUUUCUUGCUCUGCAUUUCCUGUUUUCUCAGGUAAUUUUAUCCUUGUCAGGUCUCUGAUGAGGAUGAAGAGAGAUCAUGAAAUUUUUCAUCUAAAAUGUAUUGAUUUUAGAGAAAAAAAGACAUUCAUUAGACUAAAAAGGAAGUGAUACUGGGAUAGAAUUUUGUACAGUGUAUAAAGGUUUUCUUUGUAUUAUUCAGACAUUGAUUUGUCUACCAGGAGAAUGUCGACUGAUGCCUGGACUUUGGUGUUGUUAUUUUUAUGGCUCAUUCCUUGCAUCAGUGUUUUGUAAACAUAUACCUCUCUUACUUUCGGAUUGUCUCAAUAAAGAACUGAUGGCC